AUGUCUCCCCACGCCGUCGACGCCCAAGUGGUUGACGUGAUCAUCGUGGGCGCCGGUAUCGCCGGUCUCGCCGCCGCACUCGCGAUCCACGGCGCAGGCCACCGCGUCACCAUCGUCGAAGGCGCGUCGGUUCUCCGGGAAAUCGGUGCCGGAGUCUUGAUCUCCAGCAAUGCGACGCGCGAACUACUCCGCUGGGGCCUCGAAGAGGAUCUAAGGGAUGUCAUUGUCCAGAGCAGGGUCUCGAGGGUCUUGAGAUGGGAUGACGGGAAGGUGCUGAGCGAGGUCCAUAUGGACCCGAGUUUGGCGCUCAAGAAGUACGCCGCGCCCGUGUGGAUGCUCCAUCGGGCAGACCUUCACACGGCCAUGCUGAAGAAGGUGCAGAGCUUGGGGAUUGAGAUCAGGCUGGGGUCGAGAGUGGUCGAUGCCGACGUGGUCAAGGCGAGCGUGACUCUCGCCUCCGGAGAGGUGUUGGACAGCGACUUCAUCGUCGGGGCUGAUGGCGUCAGGAGCAGGAUGCGCGACAUCAUCUCGCAGAAGCCGGUCCCUGCGCUGCCCACUGGAGACUACGCCUUUCAAUUCGCCUUGGAGAUUGAACAGUACAAGGACGAUCCGGUGAUUGCGCCGUUGGUGGAAGGCCAUGCCGCAACUGCGUGGUGGGGACCAGGGAGACAUGUCAUCGGAACCCUUCUCCGCGGCGAGAAGCUCUUCAAUUGCGUCGCAGUCUUUCCCGACGACGGCUCUCUGGGUGACGAGCACAAGCAACUAGGAGCAGACGUGGACGAACUGCGGCGGAACUUCAGCGACUGGUGUCCAGCUGUCCGCACCAUCCUCUUCCAUGCAAACCCCGGCUCCAUCGUCAAGUGGAAGCUCCAGGACCUCGACCCGCUCGAUUCCUGGCAUCGCGGGCACGCCGUCCUCAUCGGCGACGCAUGCCAUCCAAUGCUUCCAUAUCUGGCCCAGGGCGCAUCGCAGGCAAUCGAAGACGGCGCUGUCCUGGCCGAAUGCCUCGCUCACCUGCCCCUUGACCGCGUCGGUCCCGCCUUUCAGGACCUGCGGGUUUCCCGCGCCACGCAGAUCCAGCAGAAUGCCCGCAAGCAGAAGAUCGAGAACCACUAUCCGGACGGGCCAGAGCAGCGAGCACGGGACGAGAGGCUCAAGGACCCGACGCAGGUGAGGGCGUGGCAGUGGGAGCCGGUUGCGGGCAGGACGACCAAGAGUUGGAGCGACGGGCUGUUUGGGUAUGAUUCCAAGGUUGAAUGUGAGGAGUAUUUCAGGGAGCAUGACGCUGGAAGACUUUUCGAGGACUUCAGAUGUUGGCACAGCUCGAUCGGCCGCGAAUACAAGACAUGA